UUAUAUACCACCUGCGCUAAUUUCCCUACUCGCUCUCUCAGCGGAGCCGCCGCGCAGGAGAAGAACGAGGAAGAAGAGGGAGUAAGGAAAAAGAGAAGUUGAGUUCCUUUUGCGGUGCUUUUGUUGGCAGCUGAGCUCUUGGGAUCCAGGGUUUGUUCAAUCGGGUUCAACGGCCUAUUUUUUGUGUAUUUUCUUGCCUUGCACCUGUUUGGCGGGCUCAGCUUCCUCUCGGCUUCUAUCUUUUAGGGUUUUUGAUUCUGAGGUGGGCGAGGAGAACCAGAUAUCGGUUCUGGUUCCUCCUGGGCUUCCGAUUACGCCUCUUGUGUUCAGUACCGACAUAAGGGCGCCGUAUUUGGAAUACAAGUGCGAGAAGGUUUUUGCUUCUUCUUUGGACUGUGGCUUGGGAUAUAUAGCACGUGUUUGUUUGUCUUUGUACGCGGUUUGCAUUGCGUGAUGUCGGGUGAUAAGUGUAUGGCAACUGAAACUGGACGGGAGGUUUUAGGGUUUUUUUUUUUUUCGGUUUAGCGUGCUUGGGAUCAACCGAGUUUGUCAUUUUGGAUGAUUCUUCCACUUUUUAUUGAAGCUAAGAAUCCGGCUGUUAUUUGUGAUUCAAAGCGUGUGCCAGAGGCUGCGCGCUACAGUAUCCCUGGUGAAUGAUGAAUGUAUCAGUUUGGUGUGAGAAAGAACACAGUUCAUUUCGAUGGAAUCUCUUAAUUCGUGUUUUCAAAUUUUAGGUUGACUCUUUUGUUUCAAUAUCGGAGUAAGUUUGUGUUGUGUAUUGUUCUGGAAAUUUGAAGAUCUGUUUGAUUGAUCUUUUGCCACUGAUGGUUACUGAAAAUUGCUCCUGGUACCAGGGGAAAGCUUUGAAUGAUCUUUGCGGCGAUCUUUCACUCACUUUGAUGGGGAAAACGCACAAGUCCUCUAGAGAGUACACUUCUGGCUUUGUCCCAGGCGACAGACAUGCAGUGGAGGCGGUUGGCGAGUCUGAAGGGUUUACUAGCCAUGGGCAUGCUAGAUCGGAGGAUUCUUGUGUUCGUAAGAGAAGAUGUAUAAGCUUGAAUGACGACAAAUCUGUUGGUUUCUUCGUGCCCAUCCAAGUGAUUUCAUUUUCAGAGAUGUCCAGAUUUGAAAGGAAAAACCUAGAAGUGAGAUUCAGGCGGGAGCUUGAACAGGUUCAAAAGUUUCAGAAGAAAAUACUUUCAAGAACCACAUUGAAACCAAAUGGGGUUAUUGUAUCAUCCUCUGGUGAUCCCCUGAUGAAAUUGGAUUGUGCAGGUCAAAAUAUAACCCAAUUGAAGUGUGGGAUUGGUGGUAGAGUUGAAUCAAUGAAACAGGUUCAAUCACCGCCUUCAAUCACUGUGUUGAUGAAGCAAUGUGAAACACUUCUCAAACGCCUGAUGGCUCACCAAUAUGCAUGGGUUUUCAAUACCCCCGUAGAUGCGGUGAAACUGAACAUUCCAGAUUAUUUCACAGUAAUAAAACAACCAAUGGAUCUUGGAACUGUCAAAUCUAAGAUAGUUUCGGGUGCUUACUCCAGCCCACAAGAUUUUGCCUCUGAUGUGAGGCUUACAUUCUCCAAUGCCAUGACAUAUAAUCCACCCACAAAUGAUGUGCAUGCCAUGGCUAAUGUGAUGAGAAACUUCUUUGAAUCGAGAUGGAAACCUAUUGAGAAAAAGUUAGCUGCAGUAGAUAUGGCUAUACAAAGAAAAACAAAAGCUGUCAAGUCAGCAUCGGAAUCUUUGAAGAGGAAAAUUCCUUCUGUGGAUCAUGUUACUGUUGUUUUGGAUAGCGAACCAAAGAUGACGGAUGAAGAAAAGCUGCAUCUUAGCAGGCGCUUGUCAUCUAUUCCGGAAUUGCCACAGCACAUUGUUGAUUUCUUGAAGAGUUACACUGAUGAUGCAGAUCAGGACAGUAAUGGUGAAAUAGAAAUUGAUUUUGAUUCGCUUAAUAUUGAGGCUUUACUUCAAUUAAAGAAGCUCUUGGACGACUAUGUGCAAGGGAACAGCUUGGAUCAGCUGAAGAAAACCGAGACUUGUGAAAUGGAGAUUUUGAUCGAGUCUGGACUCAGCAGUUCAUCAUUGCAUCCUUGCAAAGGCAAUGGUCCUGCUGAUGUGGUUGAAUAUUUGGAUAUUUGUGGUAACGAGCCUCCGAUUGCAAGUUUUCCUCUUGCUGAUAGGGUGGAUAAAAGAUUGCCAAGAAGUAGCUGUGGCAGUGGUUCAAGCAGUUCAAGCAGCAAAUCAGGAUCCUCUUCUAGUGACUCAGAUUCAUGUAGCACUUUAAGAAGUGAAUCAAAUAUGAGAGCUGAUAGGACUACAAAUCCGAAGAAGGAAAAUGACCUACUUCAGGGACCACCAUUGAGACAUGAAGAAGGACCCCUAACUGGAGUGGACCAAGCUGAAGAGAAUGCUCAUCGUAAGGCUGUGCCAGUUGCAUCAAAUGUUAGUCAAGAGGGGGAGAAUGCUCCAUCUGAGAGGCAAGUCUCCCCAGACAAGCUCUAUCGGGCAGCUUUAUUGAGAAGUCGAUUUGCAGAUACAAUCUUUAAAGCUCGCGAGAAAACCCUCGAUAAGGGUGAAAAAAGAGACCCUGAAAAACUGAAGCAGGAGAGGGAGGAACUCGAGAGGCAACAGAGGGAGGAGAGAGCUCGGCUGCAAGCAGAAGCGAAGGCUGCUGAGGAUGCUCGUCUGAAAGCUGAGGCAGAAGCUGCUGCUGAAGCAAAACGAAGACUAGAGCUUGAGAGAGAAGCAGCACGACAAGCUUUGUUGCAGAUGGAGAAAACAGUUGAAAUCAAUGAAAACAGCUUAUUCUUUAAAGACCUAGAAAUGCUUAGAACCGCUCCCAUGGCACAUAUUCCUGGCUCCGCUAUUGAUAUUAACCCAGAUUCCUCUAAUGGGGACAUUGAUUGUUUCAAGUUCGGUGGAAGCAAUCCUUUAGAACAGCUGGGUUUAUUCAUUAAAGAUGAUUUUGAUGAUGUUGAUGAUGAAGGUGAACCUGAUAGGCCAAUUAGGGCUCCAUUAAAUGAUUUUGAAGAAGGUGAAAUUGACUAAUUUAAAAUCCCAUGUUUUGGCCGCUUUACUGCUAAAGCUCUCCCCUUUGCGAGUUGCUGGUAUAUGGAUGCAGCAAAUCAUAAAAGCAAUAUUUGUUGCUUUUUGUUUUAGAUAGAUUGGCAUGAUGGGCCCAUUCAUUUUUCGCGUUAAGAUUUGUAAGAGAUUCUGUAGUGCUUUCUCGGUGAACUGUACAAAGAAACUUCACACACAUUUCUUGUCGUGUUGCGUUGCUCCACUGUUAGAUCAGCCUGUUCUAUAGGAAGUGUUUUGCUUUUGUCUUUGUCUCUGUCUUUGUCUUUGUUAUUAUUAUUGUUUUUUUUCUCAGAAAUGCAGUAUCUGGUUGUAUUUGAUUCAAUGUAAAUUUUACGUUGAUAAAUGCAUGUUGCCAUGUGCCGACAUUAUGGAUAAUGUUAUGGAUUGCAUGCCUUCUACGGUGUGUUGCAAGGAUGGGAAUGAGGUUUAAGAGUGCGUUUGGUACAA